GGUCACUUUUAAGUAUUGCAAGGACACCAAAAUAAGUUGAAGAAGGCUCACAGCUUGGCGACAGGCCUAUCUUAGCGUCUCCACAGAUGUAACAGGGAUAUAGUACAGGAACCAGAAAACCGAAUUCCUGCAAGCGUACUUCACUGUAUACUGUAAAGCCUACUUAAAUUCCAAGGCAUGCUUACUCUUGUCUUUAGCCAUCGGUCUGACCUUAUUAUUGCAAAAGUCAAGCGACAGCAUACAUGCACUUACAAGACUUGCCCCUAGCAGAAUCAAACAUGUCCGACUGCCACUGCCAGAAUUACAAGACGAAAGACAUGAACGCUUCCAGUAGUAUGCGUUCGGAGGAUUUUUCCAUAUUCGGCGGAAGUUCCAUCCGUGAUAAUGAGAGGAAUGACACUCAGAUUCCGCCAUUGGGUAUGUCUGGACCAAAUCAGCUCGCAAACCAUUUCACUGCAUCAAACACGGGUUAUGACAAUUGGCUUUUCGGCCAAGAGCACAAUGGUGGAUCACAUCCUUACUGGAAGAACAACACUGAGAUGGACUUGGACCCUUUGAGGCCAACGGCGACUCCCUCCAGGGCGCAGAAGCCUUCGCCGAUGAGUUUCUCCAUGUGGCCUGAGCAACCACCGAUUAAUUCGCAGAAUGGAUUGUUGGUGUUAUGUUCACGACUAGACCACUUGGAAUCUGCGAUGGCGCAAACACGGCUAAAUGUUGUAAAUGUGGAGCUUGGAAUAAGAUCGCUCGGCGAAGAGCUUCUGCAAGCAAGACGCGAUCGGGAGCAGAACGCCAUCGCGAUCGAGAAGCUCAAGAAUGGACUGGAAAAAUUCAUGUCCCAUGUUAUCAGCCGGCUAGAAAGAGAAGAGGACACGGCAGGAGCGGAUGAGCCUGAACCUGUGUUGAUCAGCUAGAUACCCUGUAGAAUAGAGACGCUAGCAGAAAACAGUAUUGAUCCCAGCCUGCUCACAACUUACUGCUUUCGGGAAGAUGUGGAGCAACGAGUGC